GUAAUUUUCCUUAUUUUGUGAUAUAACCUCGACGUCUUUCCGACAAAUAAACACAAUUUAAUGAAUAAACUAUUGAACGUAGCGCAGGCGGUGCCGCGCCAGUUUGUACGUGAAUACGCCUUCAAGUCCGACCUGAAGAUCAAAUGGGUGCGACCGGAAAAGAUCGCGUGCUUCAAGCCGGAGAAGAGCGGCGAUCUGAGCAAGCUGCCGCCGCUGAAUCCCAACGAGAUUCUGCCGGAAUUCAGGGACUGCAAGGAACUGGAAAAUGCCGAUGAUGCAGUCAAGUCUCAGUUUUUGUUGAGCAACAAUGCUAGUUACCUGACCACAAGGUUUUACCGCGAUGAGAUGGUAAAGGAAGUACAGAGGCAUGCUCAGGAUUUCGGAUCCAUGGAGGCCAAGUUGGCCAAGAUGACCGCGGUGAUUCGCCGCUACCAGGAGCACAUGGACUCGCAUCCGCGGGACAAGAUGAUCAAGGUGCGACUUAAGGAGCUGAUCGACAAGCGGAAAAAGUUCCUCAAAUACCUCAGACGCUGGGACUAUCCCCGCUUUGAGUGGAUUCUCGAGAGGCUCGACCUGGUGUACAAGCCGCCUCCAACACAUUUCCAUUGGAUCACGCGCAAGGAGUCGUUGCAGAAGUUGACCGACACCUACUGCGAAAACCUGAAGGAGGAGCGUUUAGAGGUCUACCACAAGCAAUUGCAGGCCCAGCAGAUACCCUUCCUGGAGGAGGCCAUUAAGAAGAUGCAGUUUGUGCGACAGGAACAGAUAUCCUGCGACGUGCCCGUGACAGUGACCGAAGAGCACAUCGCGGACUCGAAGAGGCAGCUGGCCCAGCUCAAGGAGCUGCGACAGGCGGAGGAAGCCGCCAGCAGCCAGAAACAAAACGAGGAUGGCUUCCAUUAGGCCCGAUUCUUUAACGUUACGGAGUCUUACAAUAAAUGUAAAUGCUGAUGUUCUUAAA